AUGAUUCUAGGGGUGCUGUAUCCGCUGGGGAUGACCGCCGUCUCGCAACUGAUGAUGCCAAUGCAAGCCAAUGGUAGUCUAUAUAAAGAUAGCCAAGGUAAAACGAUUGGCUCACGCCUAAUUGGGCAAAACUUUGAUGACCCUAAAUAUCUGUGGGGACGCCCGUCAGCGGCGAAAUACGAUGCUAAAGCUUCAACGGGCAGUAACUUAGGUCCUCUAAACCCUGAGCUGGCGAAAAAUGUGCAAGCAGCCGUUAGCAAAUUAAAAGCAAGCGACCUCACCAAUACCGUCCCAAUCCCGCUUGAUUUGGUGACUGCCUCUGCCAGUGGUCUUGACCCCCAUAUCUCACCUGCAGCUGCUGAAUGGCAAGUGGGUCGUAUUGCCAAACAACGAGGCAUUAGCGUAGAUACGGUUCCUGCAGCUGCUGAAUGGCAAGUGUUGCCAAUUGCCAAACAACGAGGCAUUAGCGUAGAUACGGUUAAAAACGUGAUAAUACCCAAGCCCCGCAAUUUGGCGUUUUAG